UUAGGUGGGAUUACUUUAAAGUUGAUGACAAAUUGUUUAAAAAUAUGGAUCGCAUGAAAGCAUAUAAGAUUGGAUUGACUACUUGGGAUAAUUGGAUUGACUCUAACAUUGAUCCUAUCAAGAUCAGAGUCUUCUGUCAAGGAAUUCCCACCGUUCAUUUUAAUGGUGCGAAUUGGGGCGAGCCAAAGGAGGAAAACUGCAAGGGGCAAACUAAACCCCUAGGAGGAUCAACUUAUCCAGGAGACAGGUAUCCGGGAGAACCCAUCAUAAAGAGCGUGUUGAAAACAAUGAAAAAGCCUGUACAUGUGCUUGAUAUUACAUUAUUGACUCAAUUGAGAAAAUAUAGACAUCCAUCAAUUUAUGGAACAAGUGGGCAACAAGAUUGCAGUCAUUGGUGUAUUGCUGGAGUACCGGACACUUGGAAUUUGUUACUAUAUACAUCUCUUAUUUCAUAAUGGUGAUUGUUAAGUUGUAAUAGGUUUUUAGA